GGUUCUCCCGUGACGGUGACUCCAACGGUUGGCUGAGGACGAUUCCCUGAGCCUUGACAAAGCAGGAGCCCUCCGUGGCAGUGCGUCGGUGUUGAGGCUCCAGCCUGACCAAUCUGAGGGGUCGACAAAACAGAUUCGUGACAGUAUGCUACACGGAGGGCCUACCAGGAUGCAGAAACAGCAGAUGGAGUCCGGGGAAAGCAGUGCGGCAUCCCAGCCUCAGGCCUGCCCAUAUGGUGUUCGGGUAAAAUUGAGGAAGAUGCCAGGUAAUAGAAUCCACCCUUCCUCUGACAGCAUCCAAUCUGGAGCAAAGGCUUCCUUCAACCCUCCCCCAAACCCCCAGUACAAGCCCAAAUUCUGGAACAAAUCCUUUCCAACACCUCCUUCAGAGAUGCUCCCUGGCUCCAGGCAGUGCUUGCUCACCUCACUGCAGCAGGAAGCCCAGCUUGUGAACUGCACGUGUGCUGCAGGUGGUGGCUGGAUGCAGGGUAUUGACAGAUGGAUCCCAUCAAUACCCCCACUGCAUAACCAUAGUGCAGUGAAUAGAAGACACUUCUCCACACCCGAAAAGCUCCAUGCUGAUUGCGAGAAGGAAAUGCUGGAUGGAGGGGUUCCUGGAACUACUGUGAGGGGUGAGCUUCCCCAGAUGUCUAGAAAUGAGGCAGGGGCCCGACAUCUUCCACCCCCACUAAGGUUGCCUUGCAGUUCCCAGCUGGCUCUAGACUUCCUAGAAACUGCCACUUUUCUGCCUCCAUUACCUCAUAGCCCAGUCAGCACCAUUAUCAUCAUCACCAUGAUCAACGUCCCCAUCCUUACAGUCACCACCACUAUCAUCAUCACCAUCACCAUUCUUACUCUCACCAUUCUCACCAUCAACACCAGCAUAUUCACCAUAACUAUCACUAUCAUUAUCACCACCUUCGCCAUCACCAUUCUCACCAUAAUAAUUAUUGUCACCCUCCCCAUCCUCAUAAUCAUCAUCAUUAUCAUCAUUACCAUCACUAUCAUCAUCACCAUCACCAUUCUCACCCUCACCAUUCUCACCAUCAUCGUCAUCAUCAUCAUCGCCAUUAUCCUCACCAUAACUAUCACUAUUAUCAAAACCACCUUUGCCAUCAUGAUCCUUAUCAUCACCAUCACAAUCACCACCAUCACCAUGUUCACCUUUACCAUUCUCACCGUCAUCAUCACCAUCAUCAUCCUCAACAUAGCUAUCACUUCAUUAUCACCACCUCCACUUUCACCAUCACCAUCCUCACCAUCAUAAUCAUCACCAUCACAAUGAUCCUUGCUACAUGGAGCCAUGCAUUCUGGGUAUGAGGGAUCUUGGGUCAGGGGCAUCUAACAUAUCUUGUAGGAUAGAAACGCAGUCCCUCAGGGUCUCACAGUUGGUGGAGUAACUGAUUCUUGUGAGGUCAUGUUCCUCUGGGUGAUGUGGGAUGUCACAAGACCAAUAAAUACAAGCUGAAGCCCA